UAUGUCAACAUUUAUUCUUAUUUGCGAUAGGAAACCAGGGACGCGAAAAAUUUCUAAACAUAUGAAAUGUGAGAAAGAAACAUUUCAUAUGGACAAUGGAUGAAGAAGAAUUAUCAGUUGAAAUAGUACAAGAUGAGAGCGAGGCGGGUCGAACCACGGCAACUUGGGAACACGAAGAUUUAGCUCAGCUAAGAAUAAAGGUUUUCCGUGGACAUUUAGACUCAGUAAGAAGUUGUAAAUACAUUGACAAUGAUCAGAAAAUCCUCUCUGCAUCAGAUGACAAGACAAUCAAGAUUUGGGACGUAGAGACAGGAGAAGUUCUCCAUAACUAUUCAAGAUGUCAUGAUAGCAUUAUAUCACAAGCUAAUAUUAAUGACAACGGAAGAAGAUUUGUUAGUUGUGGAUGGGAUAAGAAAGUUGCUGUUUGGGAUAUUGAAUCAGGAAAUUGUGUGUGGUCAGGAAAACAUGCUGGUAUUGUGACAAGUUGUAAUUUUUCACAUGAUGGAAAAUAUGUGGUCUCUGGGUCAGACUUGGAUAACACAGUUAAAAUCUGGGACUCUAAUACAGGAGAUCUGAUACAUAAUGUUGAUGAUAUUCACACUAGUACCAUUACGAAAUGUAUGUUUGCUCCUGGGGAUGAUAAGAUUAUUACAACCUCCAUGGACAAAACUGCCAAAUUCUAUGAUCUAAAGACUUUAAAAGUCACCAUUACUGUACAAGGACAUAUUAAUAUAAUAUCAUGCUGUGAUAUCAGUCAUGAUGAGAGAAAGUUUGCUACUGGUUCCUGGGAUAAAACAGUCAAUAUCUGGGACAUCGCUACAGGAAGUUACAGAUCUAAAGGCCCUGGACAAUUAUGUGGCAGCCAUGAUGGUUCUGUUAGUUCAUGUUCAUUUAGUCCUGAUGGUUUACAGUUAGUUACAGGGUCCUAUGAUUCCACAGUGUGUGUCUGGGAUGUUGAUAACAGAGUGCAAAAAGUCAAACUUCAGGGUCAUGACGACUGGGUAGAAGAUGUGUGUUUUGGUAGUGAUCAGAAAACAGUUUUAUCAUGUUCUAAAGAUAGAACAAUCAGAAUAUGGAAUGUAGAAGAAGCGGAUAAAUUACCUGUUGUAUUAGAAAGAAGGAAAGCUAUUGGUCUAAAAAUUAUUAAGUGUUCUAUGUGUGGGAAGCCUUUCUCCUUAACUUCACUGGAAACUUAUAAAGAUGUUUCAGUAUGUGUGUUCUGUAGGAUGCAGAACAGAGAACAGACUAUGUUAGAAAUAAUGAAUAUGGUUGAUGAAGGAUAGCAGUUAACAAUUUUAGCUCUUUAAAUCUGUGAUAUAUUUAUUUAUU